AUGGCGCCCGCCCUGCGAUUCCCCAAGCCCAGAGUACGUCCCUUCAUUCACUCAAGUUGCCCGUGCGCUAACAGGUGCAGUCUCUCCUCCACUUCGUCUCCCUACGAACCGCCACCGAGUUCAUCAACUUCACUCUCCUCAUCAACAAGGUAACCGGCUUCUACGGAAUCCUCGCCCUCUUCACCGGCUACCAUCUCAAUCCGCUCCAACUCUCCCACUACAUCUACUCGCUCGUAAUACUUGGCUUGAUUGCUUGGCUUGCUCCAAGCAUCCGAAGGCCUGAUCACCCGCUGAAGAACGUUGCGCUGGCAUGGAUAUACGUGCUGGACACUAUCAUCAACUCCAUCUACACCGCGCUAUUCGGGAUGGGAUGGUUCAUGCUUCUGUCGCAUCAUCUGCAGGAGCCAGGAAAAGAUAGCCCGAUCGGCGGAGGAGCAGCUACAAUGGCCGAAGUAGCCGGCUUCACGAAUCCAGAGAACAACGUCUCACAGGUAGACGUGGUUGCCUCGCCCGCUCCAGGACUUGCGCCAGGCCAAGAGGCAGUUGCAUACGGCCACCCUCAAUCAGGCGGACUGGGUGGCGCGGUCCUACAGAGUGACUCCAUGACCUCAAUCGCACUGCUGGCUCUGCUCAGCUUGGUGAGAAUUUACUUCUGCAUCAUCGUCAUGUCCUACGCCAGGUCCAUUCUGCGUCAAUACAUCGCAUCCACCUCCUAUAAUGCGCCAUCUACCGAGAACCCUUUCCCAUCCACGACAGAACCUACAGAUCCAUCGAUGGCCGAGCAUCCGUUCAGUGUCAGGAGAGAGGAAGGAGCAGGCUGGCAGGGCAAGCUUGGAAGGAUCAUGCUCCGAUUCCCUACCAAGAAGUAUUGGCUCGGGAGGGAAGAGCAGGACACUGCGCAAAGCGAAUGGGAGCGAGCGACCAGCGGAAGAUUUGAGAGCGCAGGACGAAAAGCACUGAAGAUUCGUGUGCCAGGCAACGGUGUUGGCGAGAGGGAAAGACGAGCUCGAAGCGGAACAGGUCCACCACCACCAGUCGCACCGUCGAGCGGAAAGAAGAUUCCCGAGUAA